UUUUGUUAAGAAAAUCAUGUCAAAGUGUUAAAAACCGUCGAUCGGUGAGGUUGGUACCUUGUUUGCUUGAUUCAAUCGUAUUUUGCCUAAGCAACGUGAUUGAUCAUACUAUAACUUAACAAAAAAAUCAGUCAUCAUUGAAGUUCGAUCGGAACAGUACUAACAAAACAUAAAUGAUAUCGGCAAGGGACAAGUUUUUUGCGAGCAGUGGCUCAUCUACGUCUGCUUUAGGUUUAGGAAUUGAAGUAGUUGAUACAACACCCACAUCCGUUUAUAAUCCUACAACGAUGCCACUCAGCAAUGGUACAACCGAUAGUAAACGCACCAAAAGUACAACUUUCACAGUUACAAACACAACCGUUCCAAUGACGCAAUCGCAUCUUGGAUCAUCUAGUCAAACACAGGCUGUAUCAGCUGUAUCAGCGGAAGAAGAAAAUGAUCCGAAUAAGCAAAAUGGUGUUGAAGAAUUGGAUCGUAUACCGUUCUCUAAUUUGCCAUCACGUGAUCCAGUCGAUAUGGAGUUUAAAGAUCUUUCAUUGACCGUGAAUAUGGGUUUCACAAAAGCUUUUCUGUGCUUCGCCGAUGACUUAGGAACUGCCUCAAAUAAAGCACUGGAAACGCUCCACAAACUACUUACACUAGAUGUAGUAAAACAAAAUAUGACUGCGUUAGCAUCGUGA